UUCUCCUGUGGUGUUUUCAUUCACACUGACUUCAGUCUCAUCAGUCUGAUUCACAAACAUCCUCUGAUCAAUCAUCUGAUUUCAUCUCAAACUGAUCGAGAAAAUGAAGAUCGCAGUGUUCAACGUCCUGAAUAUGGGAAUGAGAAAAGUCAACAAUGAGUUUGUUUGUGAAAAUCUCAUCAAGAUCGUGUCUCGGUACAGCGUGGUGGUGAUGCUGGAGGUGAAGGAUCAGAAGGGGGAGGCCAUGAAGACGUUCCUCUCAAAGCUCAACAGUGAUGGGGGGAACAGAAGCCAUCCGUACUCAAUGAUGUGCAGCAAACCUCUGGGACGAAGCUCCUACAAGGAGAAGUUUGUCUUCUUCUACAGAGAGGACGAGGCGAAGGUGGUCGACUCCUUCCAGUACGAAGAAGAGGAUGAAGACGUUCUCGCCAGGGAGCCAUUCAUUCUGCAUUUCAGUUUUCCAAACACAGCUGUGCAGGAGCUGGUGCUGAUCCCAGUCCACAGCAAACCAGAGGACGCCGCCAUCGAGCUGAACGCUCUGGAUGACGUGGUGGACGCUGUGAAGAAGAGAUGGAACAAUAAAGUAUAUCAAAAUAUUAUGAUUUUAGGGGACUUUAAUGCAGAUGGACGUUAUCUCUCCAAGAAGAAUAAGGCAGAGAGUCGCCUCUGCUCUGCUGACUAUCAUUGGCUGAUAGACGAUGACGUCGACACAACGACUAGUAACCUUAACGACCACACCUACGACAGGAUCGUAGUUCAUGGAAAGACCCUGCUGAACGGCGUCGUCCCCGGCUCGGCCAAGUCCUUCAACUUCCAGACAGCGUUCAACCUGAAGGACAAAGACGCUCAGAGAAUCAGUGACCACUACCCUGUGGAGGUGGAGCUGAAGAACCUUCAGAGACCCAGAGCACCGAAACGAAAGAGGACAGCGUCCCCUAAAGGACAGAAGAGAGGACAACAGAAGAAGAAGAAUCUGACAGGAGCAAGGAAGAGUGGACCGUCAUCAAACACACCAGCCAAGAGAACACACUUCUAGAUCUUUCAUCAGUUUAAUCAAUCAUUUUAAAAUAGCAUUAUUAGAGUUAUUAGAUCUUAAAAUCCUGUUACUGCAUUUAUAGCAAAAAGCAUGCAUUCUAUAAUGUAACGUUUAAUUCA